GGCGCUUUAAUUUGGAAGGACUAAAUCUCUGCUUUCCAAAAGUUUAUUCACCCAUCUUACAGAAGAGUUGUGCUUAGUAUCGGUCAGCUACUUUACCAAGUCCGCAUCCUCAUAUUCCUGUGAUUUUCAAUCAUAGCUCGCGAAAUCAUACCGGAAUCUGCGGCAGACUUCAUGGAACAAUCCCCACCGCUUGCAGAACUUGAAGAAGAUUGGGAUGAGAACGACGAAGGAGAAUAUGAUGAAGAAGAGGAUGGGGAUGAUGAUAUCGAUGCUCAAGCUGAAGAGAUGGCUCGAAAACUCAACGAGCAGCUUUGGGAAGAUAUGCGGAGAGCAGCAACCACAGAAUCAGUGUCGACUACACCAAUGGAAAUAGAUCCUGUUUCUGCUAUACACUCAAAUACAUCCGAUCCUGCUUCCACUGUCGCUCCUGGGUCUUCUCAAAAAGAAGAAGCAGUUUUAUCCACUAUCAAAGCUAUCAUGGCACUUCUAAACCACGAUUCUGUUGCUCACAAUAUCCUUGCCUCUACUGCCCUUCCUAGUACUCCCUUUGGUAGCGUGCUCGACGCCUUGAUCCAAACACUCACCACUGGAAAAGUUACAAAACCAACAGCUAUCGUCCUGAGCCAGACCCUUGUCGGUCUCGCGGGAUCUGAGGCUUUAUUUGGAUCUCUUAAGGGACGUGACGCAGCUCAAGCCAAGAAAGAGAUAUUAGGCAAGAGAAAACGCGAAGAAGAGCCUGUCACUAUCCCUCCUCCUCAAGUUCCCUCGAAAUAUGACAUUGUAUCCGAAGCAGUUCAGGUCGUGACACAUGCCUUGCACACCUCUUCCUCCAUAAAUCCAGCCCUCAUCACCUCCAUACAGGAGUCGCUACGCAACAUUUUCCUUUUCUGUGUCAGUGCAGCUGCAAGGCCCGUGGAAUCAGGAGCCUCUGCUUCAACCGCCAGUUUGCAGGAGAUAAGUGGUCUGAUACAAGUGCUAGGAGUCCUAAGUGGAAUCCAAUUUGGAUUGAAUACUGCUCAUGGGACCGGUCAGUCCGCGGAUAUAAAUGCAAUGGUUCACCCGUGCAUGGUCCCUUCCUGCAACAAAACAUUUAUGCAACUGACAAACCUACGCACUCAUGAAAACACCCAUCAUUCCAACCAAUCUCAACCCAACUCAGCCUCCGGCAAUGUUACCGCUACUUACGACCGACCCUUCCCAUGCACAUUUCCUUCUUGCUCCGCCUCUUUUCUCCGAAAUCAUGAUCUGAAAAGACAUACCAAAGUCGCUCAUGAGCACAAAUCUUUCGAAUGUGGUGGAUGCGGCAAGAAGUUUUCUCGGCGAGACGCAAUCAAGAGGCAUAAAGAUGCAAGUGUGGCUAAAUCCCAGCAGCCAUCACUGCUUGGGCGUCCUAUCAUAUUAUGCUACGAAGCGGAAGUUAUCGAAAUCGAAGGCGAAGUGGAAGAUCAAGAGGGACUAGACGAUGAUGAGGCGUUACCAGACAUCAAAAGGGCUAGGACAGUUGCUGAGGAGGGUGGGGAAGAAGAAGGAGAAAUUUCUGAAGAAACAAUUAGUACUACUCAAGCCGUGAUAAUGCAGUUGCAUCCCCUUCUUCGAGCGGUUGUUGCAAAGGCUUCUGGAACACCGCUACCACUGAUCCCUUUAACUACACAAACUGUAGAUUCCUUUACCCCUCUUCCUCCUCCUCAGACCUCCUCCUCGAGUUCUGAACAGAUCUCGAAUCCUGUUGCAACCGUUGUCGAUAAUCUUUCAUCUCAACUCGAAUCAAAAAUCGUUGACGAAUCAUCCUCUUCUUCACAGCAAGUGAGGAGGACUCCAGAAUUAGAACCUGACGAGUCUUCUUCUUCUUCACAGCAAGUGAAGAGGACUCCAGAAUUAGAACCAGGGGUGAGAUUCCCACCCAUUGUUCCAAUGACUACAGAAACUAUCCCCCCCUCUUCCACGGAAGACUCGAAUAUCAUACCAGUUAUCCCUCCUGCCUCACAUACCAAUGAAGUACCGAUCGUUACUAGAUAUAUCGGACUAUCCGCUCAGCAAUCUUUGAGCCAGCCACCGACAUCGGCGAGCAUUAUCGCUCAUGCACAGUCGCAGAAUCCGAUACCGACUACUGUGACAGAUACUGUCGGCUCGAAUCCCGCAACAACUGGAGAGUCAAAUAAGAUAUCACCGACAUCUACAAUACCAUCGACUGCGAACAUCACUAUGGAACCCUCGAAUGUGGAACCCAAUCAGGACGCGAAUCAUAUACCACCGUGGUCUUUUUCUUCUCAACUUGCAUCUACAUUUGCACAAUCUUCCUCUUUGCACCCUCAACCUCAAUCUCAACUUCAUGGCAUUUCGAACUACCAAACCCAACUCCUUGAACAAGCGAUAGCAAACGCCGCACAUGCAGCGCAAGCUGAAGCUGAUUUGGAGGAAGAUGGUGACGAGAAUGGUGAUGGUGAUGGUGAUGCGAACGGGAAAGACCGAGCCGAAUUGGCUGGUGCGAGCCAAGAGGAGACUGCUGUUACUACGAGCGCAAACAGGGACGUAGUAGGAGACAGACAAGUAGGUGGUGGUGUCGAUAGCGAUGCUGACGCCGACGGCGAGGUCGAUAUGGAUUUGCAAAACGAAAAUAUAUCGUGAUACAUAUUGUUUCUAGUUUUUGUCACACGGGACGCAAAAGCCAUGGCAGUUCAUUUGAACUGCCAUUAAGGCAUCCACUGUGGCAUCUAGUUGUGACCAGUGACUGU